UCCAGUAGUUAUUCGCCCUCCACGGGGGAGUGCUUGGACGAAGAGUGGGUUGUGUUGGGACGAAGUUUUUACUUGAAUUGUACUGAAUAGUUCCUCAAUGUCCACGGCUAUUUAGUUCGAACAGGCGUUCGUUUUUCUUUCAGGCUGAGCGCACCAUUAUACAUGACUUAAAAAUAGAUAUCCAAUGUCUAGGUUUCGGAGUGAACGCAUUGCUCGAUUCUUGCAAACAUCGGGCCCAUUUAAGAAGUUUGGUGAAUUCGCUUUACUUCCGAUAUUUUUCGUCAGUGGAGCUGCCUUAGAAUAUGUCAUGAUUAACUGGCAUGUUGGUGAAGUCAACUUCUACAGGACCUUCAAACGAAGACAGGCGCAAGAACGAGCUAAACAGAUUGUCGAUGAUUAUUUAAAGCAGCGUAAUAAUAGUCAGUAAAUAAUUUUUUUACAUACAUUUAAGUCAUCAUGCCUUAUGGAAGGUCGUGGCCAAAGUUCUUGGGUUUUGUAAUUUCAGCAACAGCUGCUGCCCUAGCUGGGUCGCAAAUAGUUCAUAAUUAUUAUAAACCUUUAGCUGAUAUGGAUGAAU